AUGAUGAGCGAGAAACUUGAGUUAGAAGGUCAAGCGACUCUACGUUUUAACCUUGAUGGGGACAUCUACCCACUCGACUGGGGAAACGAAAAAGUAAUUCCCGAUUCGCUGAUCAGCAUUCCUCUGCCUUCAGUUGAUCAGGCUCUUCACGCUUUCAACGCUGUUCACUUCUACCUGGGUCAGAUAUACCGCCUAUUUGACGAGAAUUUUGGUGCACAGAUACAGCACUUCUACAAGCGCCGUGCGUCUGGUGAAAUGGCAUAUUCUCGCAUGUGGUUCAUUCAGCUACUUUUGAUUCUUGCUUUUGGAAAAGCCUUCUCCUCGAGAACCAGAACGGAUGAGAGCCCGCCCGGAUCCAAGAUAUUUGUGCACGCUAUGUCUUUAAUGCCAAACCAGACUUUUACCGGCAAAGACAGCUUGGCUGUGAUAGAGACACUGGCUCUCACAUCACUGUAUCUUUAUGCGAUUGAUCACAGAGAAGGGGCUCAUUCACAUCAGAUCGGCCAGGCCAUACGACUCGCGCAACUAGAGGGGCUUCAUACUCAGCUCCCAGAGGAUGAGCUGGGAACCUUGAAAGUUACGCGAUGUCGGAACAUAUGGUGGACACUGUACAUCAUAGAUCGCCAAAUAUCAUCCGCACUUGGGCUCCCAAUGACAGUUCAGGAUUUUGACAUAUCCGCCCUAGUUGAUGUACCAGGCACAGGAACUCAUGACCUCACUCUUGGUCUUCAAGUGAGACUGUCGCAAAUGAUGUCAUCUAUCUUGAGAAAGAUAUUCAAGACGGAAAAAACACAUCUUGGGCGUUUCUUGGAUCUCACGAGUGAAAUCCUUCAAGCAAUGGCUGGGCUUGCUGAGGAAAUUGAAAAUAUAUUCCCAGCUGGCUUUCAGGCUACAAACGACACGAUGCCCCAUGCAAUGAGGCAUGUAAUCUUACUUUAUCAUCAGUGCGUGAUUAUUGCAACACGACCGCUUCUUCUUUCUGUUCUGAAGGAAAGAAUGGAAAAUAUCGACAGACCGGAAGAGGAAUGGGAUACCUUUCUCAUGCUCCCGAGAAACCUUGUUUCCAUCGGCAUCAAAUCUGCUGUGAAGUCUUUGGAAAUUCUCUCGGAUGAGAACAUAAUUCUUGGUACGAAAUUUGCUUCGAUGGUUGCUCAAGCGCUGCGUCUGCAAGUCCACAAGCUGAUAGAAGAUUCCAGAGACGUUUCUACCAUUCGAUCUCGAAUUUACCUUUUCGGCGGCUCUUCAUUUGACAAUAGCAUAUACACUAUUUUAUUCCGAGCCAGCAGAGCACCCUCAUACAAAAACUACUCAGCGCAUCUUCGAAAAGCUCGUUUCAGGGGGAAAUCAAGUCGCGAAGGCGCGAAGAGCCGACUUGACACAUAUUCAGUAUCUGCUUCAGGAAUUCUCUAA